GCACGAUGCCCCCGUCGGAAGGGCGCUACCUCGCCGCACUCCCCGCGCAGCACAAAGACGCCGCCCCGGACACGCUCUACCAGAAACUCGAAAUCGUAGGCAAGGGCGCGUACGGCGCAGUGUACAGGGGAAAACACAUCGCGACAGGCCACAUCGUCGCACUCAAAAUCAUCAAUCUCGACACCGAAGACGACGAUGUCGCCGACAUCCAAAAGGAAAUCUCCCUCCUCCAGCAGCUCAUGCUCGGAGGCUCCAACUCGGGCGGCCCGCCGCCCAACGUGAUCAAGUACUAUGGCAGCCUCAUGCAGGGCCCGCGCGUCUGGAUCAUCAUGGAGUAUGCGGAAGGUGGAAGUAUACGGACUCUGUCUCGGGCACAACCACUGAAAGAACUGCACAUCUGCCUCGUCAUCCGUGAAGUCUUGUUGGCCCUCGCGUUUCUUCACAAGAACGGGGUCAUCCAUCGCGAUAUCAAAGCCGCCAACAUCCUGCUCACCACCCAGCCGCAUCGUAUUCUGCUUUGCGACUUUGGCGUCGCCGCGCUCCUUCAAUCCUCCACCUCCAAACGGUCCACCUUUGUCGGCACACCGUACUGGAUGGCCCCCGAGGUUGUGACCGAAGGCCGCAUGUACGAUGCCAAGGCCGAUAUCUGGUCGCUUGGGAUCACCCUGCUUGAAAUGGCUUACGGCGAACCGCCCAUGUCGGGCCAACCUGCCGCACGCGCAGUCAUGCUCCUAGGCGAUAAACGCAUGCGCGCACCCAGACUCGAAGGUGAUCACUGGAGCAAAGAGAUGCGCGAUUUUGUCGUCGGGUGCUUGAAUGAAGAACCCGCGGACCGUCUCUCGGCAGAAGAACUGAGCAAGUCGAAAUGGAUCAAGCAGCAGAGCAAGACUCCCCUCACCGCCAUGAACGAUUUGAUUGCGAGGUACCAGGCGUGGAAGGAGUCGGGCGGCCAGAGGCAAAGUCUGGCAGCCGGUGUAGGCGCUAAUGUCGACGAUGACGAUGAUGAUUUCGAUAGACAUCCGGCUGAUGGAGACUGGGCGUUUGACACUGUGCGUUCAAGGGCAAGCAUCUUGCUUGGCAAGCAACAAUCAGAAGACAAUGCCUCUUCAAAUCUAUCACCACCUACAACCCAUCCUGCGCCUGCGCCUCAAUCACUCCGACGUCUUUUCCACGAUGAAUCAUCCACAGACCCUGACCCUUUCAAGUCGUUUGCCCAUCAACAACCUCCAACCCCUCAGACGACCGAGGGUAGCGACACCAUCAAGCAAACCGGUCGUUUCCCCAGCCCAGAACAGGAAGAUCUGCCACCUCUUGUCGAUACCGAUUCGCCCCCCGCCACACCCGGGAAAAACGAAUUGGAUGGACAGACUAUCCGUCAAGCCAGGCUGGGUCGGGAUGGACGAUCGCCUACACCGCUCAUGAUCACCACCGGCUACUCGCCUUCGCCUUCUUCCAAUACCCUAUCCGCUGCGUCCACCGCCACUUACUAUCCCAUCGAAACCCCACAGGAACAUACCCCUAUCGCUCGCACCGACGCCGGCGUCCCCUCACCGCGUCGCAUUCGAAACAAAAUCAGCCUUGACAAUCUCUCUCUAACCCCUACAAGCAAGACUCAACCGGCAGCGGAAGAAAGGUCCAAGAGUAGUGGAGGCAUGCGUCGACCAAGCGCAAGUGAUGCCCGUGAGGGUCUCCGUGGUUUCCAAUUCCCACUCAUGACCAAAUCAGGCCCUGGGCCCACUCCUAUUACCACCGCAUCCAUGUCUACAUCUACCAACACGCCUACAUCUACACAACCACCCGCAGCAGGCAAACUUUUCCCACCCCCGCUCAACCGAAAUCACUCUGCCGCACCCGCUUAUCCCUUUGCCGACCCCACCACCACCUCUACCACAACCACAACAUCACCCACAGGCACCUCUUCCCCCGGCUUCGGCGGUCUCGCGUUCGGUCCCCGACCACCCAUGAUGCGCCAAGCAUCCGUCGCCGUCAUGGAAGGUCGCGCCGCCAGCCAAUCCCAAUCCCAAGCCCAAGCCCAAGCCUUAGCUCUAGCGCUCGCACAUACACAAACUCAUCAGCAGCAACAGCAGCAGCAACAGCAGCAGCAACAGCAGCAAGGAUCGACCAGCCCGCCCACGCCGAAGAAGGCGGUGGCGUUGGGUGCGCCUAAUUCAAUCGGUCUAGGGAGACCGGGUGUGUCAGCAGCAGCAGCAGCAGCAGCAGCAGCAGCAGCAUCAGCAACAGCAGCCGGAGGAGGAGGAGGCCAGGGAAUGAUGAUACGGAGUCGAAGUGGGAGUAAAGCGGAAGAUGGACAUCCCGUCGGUCUAAGAGAUCUCUUAAAACUCUCGCCCGCCGUACCCGAUAUGCCAGACCUCCUCCCUCCUUCUCCAUCUGUCGCCAACACCCCACAUAAAUUCUUCCCGUCGCCUUCGCCUUUGGCACAAACAACUCACGCACAUGCCGAACCAUCAGCGGCAUCGGCGGCAUCGGCAUCAGCAACGGCAUCAGCAGCGUUCUCAUUCCCAACACUCGCAUCGGCCCCUAUGAGCGCGGCACCGUCGCAGAGGUCUUUACUUCCUGCUGGUACAAUACCCGCUUCGGCUCCACCUGGCCUUGCUACCCAGCCCAACGCUUUUGCGCCAGUUCAUGCCACAAUGGGUCCACCCAUCCGACCUCUUGAUCUGAGCAUGUUGGAAUCGGAUGAUGUCUUUGACGAAUUGGGAAGAAUGGUGGAUGAUAUGCAGAGCUGGUUCGGUUGUGUCGAGAGCGGUUUAGAAGAGUUAUUGGCCACCGGGGUAGACGUCCAGAACGCUUAAAAGUGUUUUAUAGAUGUCUUGUUGUUGUAAAUUAGCCCUACUAUCUGGAACCGUUUCUAUAGAAUCCAGCAGGUGCAUAUCAUUAACAGGAAGAAAAAAGACCCAAAAAAUCAUACAAUCCG